AUGUCUCCCUCCUCCUCCUCGUCGUCGAUGGGAGGCUCCCUCGCGCUCGCCGCCGCCACGGCCGUCGCGUUCUCCGGCUCCCUCGUCAUCUUCUCGCUCUGCCGCGCGCACCUCUCCCACGACGCCGAGCCGGAGCCGGAGGAGGGCGCCACGGAACACGCCCUGCGCCCCUGCCUCACGUCGUCAGAGAGGCGGACGCGCGGGGGGAAGGCGAAGGCGAGGAGACGCAGGGGCGAGAGACGGGUGCGGUUCGCGGCCGAUGUCGUCGACAAUGAGGGCGCACCGCCCGCCCGCCGCCACCCGCCCGCUGCCGCCGCCGCCGCGUCGUCAACGUCGCCGUCGUCGUCGUCGGCGUCCACCUGCAGGGACACGGCGGGGUCGGAGGACCGCAUGAUGCCGGCCAACCGGGAGGCGCUCUACCGCGGCAUGCUCCGCGACCGCUCCGCGCACCGGUUCACCUGCUCCUACUGA